AUGACCAGCUCAUCUGCUCCCAGGAUGGUGAACAGUUACAAGCGGACCUCAAGCCCUCGAUCUCCUACCAACACCGGAGAACUAUUCACUCCAGCACAUGAGGAAAAUGUGCGAUUCAUCCAUGAUACUUGGCAGUGUGUGCUCAGAGAUAUUCGAUCAACACAAAAUAGUGAACGCAAUGACCGUGGACCGCAAGAAUAUGUUGAAAAGAAUCCAAAUCCAAGUCUGCAUUCUUUUACGCCAGUGGACCUAAGUGAUCUCAAGAAACGCAAUACACAAGACUCCAAGAAAUCCUAA